CCGCCGCCGAUGCAAGAUCUAGACCGGGUAGGAGGAUUGUCCUCGAGGCCCUUGUCAGUUUGACAACGAAUCGUGGUACAGUCUAGGUUUAAUGACCGUUGUGUGGCAUAUUCCGUGUACGAGACUUGUUACCGCAAAAUUGGGCCGAGCUGUGCUCGUGCGAACCUUAUUCGGCCAUGGCCAGGGAAAAUAUCGCCGGCGCCGCGCCUAGCGUCAAUAGUGGGUCCGCGCGGUGCCGGUGAGAUUGCAUUCUUCUUGCACACCUGAUUCGACAUGGAUGCGGCUACUGCAAAGAGGUUCGAUAGUUUCCACCGGCAGGUCCUGCGCUGGGCGCUUGGGUUACAUUGCUCCACCAAUAACGAAGCACUGUACUUUGACUCUGGAGAAAUAGCAUUUUCUGCGCGUCUGGUGCACCUAACCGCUCGGUUCUAUGACUAUGCUCGUGGUGUGAGUCCUGAUCGUCUGGUUCAUACGGCUCUGAUGGCGUCAGCUGUGAUGGCUAACUGUAGGAAGCCUGGCGCUGGUAAGACGUGGUAUGCGAGGCUCUCAGCUGCUUGUGAGAAGAUUGGCAUUGCUCUCGACCUGUCUGCGCCACCUCUUACGGGCUCAACAAACCCUUCGCGGAUCUCUUUUGCGCGGCUUCAACAAUGCAGUCACUUUACGUCUCUUCCGCUGCUACCUUCUUCACAUACAAAGUGUCUGCGCCGACAACCAUACCUGUCUCAGUCAUUCAAGGUCGCUCGGUGUAUUGGUCGGUUGCGCCACUCAGCUCACAAGAUCAUGAAUGAGUCUGGCCGGAUCAAUGGUAGUCCUGCAGAGCAUAGGUUCUGUCCUCACCGUUCCGCCGAUGGAGUUGCAGUGGUCGAGACUGAAGAGCAUGCACUGAUUGGUUGCCCUCGCUUCCGCAAUGAACGCCACGCCAUGUUCGACCGUGUCAGGGGGUGUCUAAAUGGUGGUCAAAUUGUCUGGCUAGGUUUCAUGAUGACUGGUGUAGCCCUUCGCCUUCUUCUGCGGGAUUAUUGGGUGCGUUUCUGUCAGCUACUGACUCUCAGGUUCUGACCGAAUUCGGCCGCUUUGCACAUGUUACCUUAGUUUGAGUACCUACGCUUGCCGUACUGGAUUGCCUCAGGGCAAAAUCCGGUUUCAAUACUACUACUAUUACUACUACACCUGGGAGGGAUUUGCAC